CACUUACUAAGAUAUUAUUGUUGAUGAAUCAGACACAUUAAUGCUAAAAUCCUCUUCAUAAAGAUAAAGAUGAUGUGAUUGAAUUUUUUUGUUUCGAUUAAUGUUGCAAAGAACAAAAGCUUCUCUGUUAUAAAUGUUUUUAAAGUGACAUGCAUAAAGAUCAUAGAAAUAAGAUCUAUAAAUUAUCGAGUGUUAAUGAACAAACAAAAGAAUUGAACAAUUUAUGCUCAAACUUAAUUAAUGAUAUCAAGAAUUAAUAAAUUUAACUUACAAAUUCCAUAGAUGAAUUGAAAUUUACAUUAAACCACAAGUUCUAAUUGUCAUUCAAUAAUAUUUAAAAAUUUAGUUUUGCUUAGUUGGAGUCUUAUUUUUAAGGGCUUUUAAAAUUUAAAUAAGAUUAAACUUUAGUCCAGGAGGAAGUACUGAGCUUAAUGCAACUAACAAUUUAAUAAGUUAAUGAGACUAUUAAAAAUCUUAAAUUAAAAUAAGAAUUAUACUAUUAAGCUCCUGCUGAAGAUUAAAAAAAAGUAAUAGAAUUAUAAUUAUAAUGUAUUUUUAUAUUAAUUAAUUAGGCACUCAAUUAUUAAAUUAGAAUAAUCUUCUUAAAGCUUAGGAUAUUAUGAAUUAAACCUUGAGAAUAGAUCCUAAUAAUAAAAUUUCAUUAACAGAAAAUGGUUUUUAUAAAAUAAUUAAUAUUUAGGCAAAAUUUUACUUUAAAAAACUGAAUAUUUUGAAGCCUUCCAUUCUUUUGAUAGAGCUGUUAAAAUAGAUCCUAACUACAAGGAAGCAAUUAAUGGUUUAGGUAUAGAAAGUAUUCUAUAUUAAAGGGGACUCAUUAAGAGGAAGGAAUAAAUUUUCUGAUGCUCUAAAACAUUAUGAAAAAACACUUUCAUUAGACUAAAAUAAUUAAUAAGCUUUGAUAGGAAAAGGUAUUAUUAGUUAAGAUAAAAAAUUUAGCUCAUUGCUUAAUAAAAGAUAGAAAAUUUGUUGACGCUAGAAAGAUAUUUGAUAACAUAUAAGACAAAAAAAACAUAGAAGUAAUUUGGGGUCAAGGUAUGUUAUUGUAUAUAUAAUUUAAAUAGCUGAACUCUUAAGAAUGGAAGGUAAAGAUGAUGCAGCAAUCUCUCAAUAUAAUUAAGUUUUAUUGAUAAAUAAUGAACACAUAGAGUCCUUAAGUGGGAAGGGUAAAAAUAUUGAAUAAUAUAAUAAAUAGGGGAUUGUUAUAGAUUAAAAAGGUAAUUUGAUUAAGCAAUGGAAUUUUUAUAAAAAGCAAAUAAAUUAAAUCAAAAGCAUGUGGUAACUUUAGUUAGGAUAGGUAAAAUUAUAUAGUAUAAAAUUAGGGGAUUGCUUAAGACAACAAUAAAUGUAUAAAGAAGCAAUAAAUUACUAUAGUGAAGCUCUAAGUAUUGAUCCUUAAGAGUAAUGGGCAUCAGAAAAAUUAGGUAAAAAUAAUUUAGAUAUGAAGUUGAAUGUUAAAAUUUAAUAAGAAGAAGAUAUUGAAAUAAUAAUUUUAAAAGAGUAGAAUAUAGAAAAAUGAUAUA